CUAAGUGGCAGACGGACUGGACGUAAGAAUUCUCAGGACCACGUCCCUGUGCCCUCCACCACCGCCAGCCACCCGCGAAGAGCCAUGAUGCGCCCUUGGGUUCUCUGUCUCCUCCUCUUUUCUCACUCCUCUGCCCAUUCUGAGAGCUGGAUGCCCCUCAUAAACCUCACUCACCGCUUACUCAAGGACACUAACUCCUCCUUCUCUUCCAACUGCUGGGUCUGUUUGUCCAUCCAAACCCAGCGCUCUCUAGCCGUCCCAGCCCCACUAACGGCUUGGACAGACUCACCCAUGAAACUUCAUAUCGCAUACUCCACCCGGACCCUCUCCGGCCCUUAUCCUAUUUCUGACCUCGAGAGACGCCUCCAGAAUUUCCAACCACUAACUGCAUAUUACUCAUUUGUCAAUCCUGACCGACGGGCCAUUGCCCUUCUUCAGCUUACUAGCUUAACAGGCAUACUUCCGAUACUUUCUCGAAUCACCUCUGCGAGAUAUACUAAUGACCACAUCUAUGAAUCCACCCAGCGGCCCAUAUGGGGGCCACUCUCUUCCCAGACCCUCCUCUCCUCCCAGGCUCCUCUCUGUAUAUCCCGUUUCUUCAAGAAUUCAAAAUAUGCCACCUUCGUGGGUAACCUCUCUGCUUCUCUUUGCAACUACACCUUUCGUCUUUCCCCCUCUGCCAAACACCGAUCCAUAGAUCUGUCCACCAGCUAUGCAUUUGCCGAACUAAUGACCAUGCCAGGCUCUAAGUGGAGAAAUCCCUUACGAUUUUCAGGACCCCCUUCCCUAAUCUCAGGGCAGCCUUACUACUCUUGCCUGGUAGAUGACAUCCAUUGUCACACCUACCCAACCACGCCCUGGAGGCAGUGUCCUUCCUUCCCAUCUAGCACCUGCUAUAAUCUUACUCUAUUUGAACCAGACAACAUAACUCACCCCAUCACCCUGUCUGUGGACACCACAUACUUCAAGAUUAAACUCCAGGGACAUAAAGAUCCCUAUCCACUCUUUCAGUACCAGCCCCUCAUGGGGGCAGCCCUCUCUGGACAAUAUUCAGUCUGGGAAUAUGAACCCACUGUCCAGGAAAAUGGGUUUAUCACACCAAACAUCUUCUCACAUCUUCUCUCCUUAACAUAUUCCUUUUGUCUCAACUCCUCUGGAGUCUUCUUCCUCUGCGGGAGCUCGACUUACGUCUGUCUCCCGGCCAAUUGGUCGGGUGUCUGUACCCUUGUCUUCCAAUACCCAGACAUUGAACUCCUUCCCAGUAACCAAACCGUAACUGUCCCCCUUUUCGCUACAAUUCCCUCCUCGGUCCCCACUUCUCGCCAGAAGAGAGCCCUUCACCUCCUCCCUCUUCUUGUGGGCCUGGGCGUUACUUCAGCUCUCGGGUUAAGCAUCGCUGGCAUCACCACCUCAACCAUCUAUUUCCAACAGCUUUCGAAGGCUCUCUCGGACAGCCUAGACGAAAUAGCCACCUCCGUUAUCACCCUCCAAGACCAAAUAGACUCGUUAGCGGGUGUCGUUCUCCAAAAUCGUAGAGCUCUGGACCUCAUCACCGCGGAGAAAGGGGGUACCUGCCUCUUCCUCCAGGAAGAGUGCUGCUUCUAUGUAAACCAGUCUGGAGUAGUCCGGGAUGCAGCAAGGAAACUUCGAGAAAGAGCAUCCGAACUCCGCCCGAGCUCCAGCUCUUGGAUCCAGGGGCUGGGGCUGGGAUACUGGCUGCCCUCCUGGUUGACUUCCUUCAUAGGACCCAUUCUCUUUAUCCUCUUUCUGCUCAUUUUCGGACCUUGUCUUCUUAAUUGCUUGACUCAUUUUGUAUCCCAGCGAAUGAGUUCUUUCAUUCAGAACACUACCAAAGGGCACGUGGACAAGAUCCUUCUGCUCCGAGAUUCCCAGUACAAGAGACUUCCCCAGCAGCCUCCUGAGGAGGAUGCCAUCUAGCAGAAAGAGGCUACCUGGCCCCUCUAUCUACCAAUCUGUAGAAAUA